UCUGCGGCGGCUGCUGCAGAGCGGCCAGGAGGAGGGUGGGUCUCCUCAGAGCGGAGCGCCGGAGUCUUCCUCCUCCUCUAGCCGCCAGGCUCCGCCGCCGCCCGUCCGACUCCUCCCGCGGCCGCUCGCGGCGCGGGGCCUCGCAGACCACGAUCGCUGAGCACCCUCCGGCCGGAGCCAGCGCGGCCGCGGCGUCCAGAGCCCGUGGGGGCUGCGGACCGGCUCGCGGUGCAGAUUCCUCUUAAUCCUUUGGUGAAACUCUACGACACAAGAUGGCUGCGAAUAAGCCCAAGGGUCAGAAUUCCUUGGCCUUACACAAAGUCAUCAUGGUGGGCAGUGGCGGUGUUGGCAAGUCUGCCCUGACUCUGCAGUUCAUGUAUGACGAGUUUGUGGAGGACUAUGAGCCUACGAAAGCAGACAGCUAUCGGAAGAAGGUAGUGCUGGAUGGGGAGGAAGUGCAGAUCGAUAUCUUAGAUACAGCUGGACAGGAGGACUACGCUGCAAUUAGAGACAACUACUUCCGAAGUGGGGAGGGGUUCCUCUGUGUCUUCUCUAUUACAGAAAUGGAAUCCUUUGCAGCGACAGCUGACUUCAGGGAGCAGAUUUUAAGAGUAAAAGAAGAUGAGAAUGUUCCAUUUCUACUGGUUGGUAACAAAUCAGAUUUAGAAGAUAAAAGGCAGGUUUCAGUAGAAGAGGCAAAAAACAGAGCCGACCAGUGGAAUGUUAACUAUGUGGAAACAUCUGCUAAAACACGAGCUAAUGUUGACAAGGUAUUUUUUGAUUUAAUGAGGGAAAUUCGAGCCAGAAAGAUGGAAGACAGCAAAGAAAAGAAUGGAAAAAAGAAGAGGAAAAGUUUAGCCAAGAGAAUCAGAGAAAGAUGCUGCAUUUUAUAAUCAAAGCCCAAACUCCUUUCUUAUCUUGACCAUACUAAUAAAUAUAAUUUAUAAGCA